ACUUUCGCAUCGUGCCUUCGAACCUCGUACAUACGCUCGUCGAAUGUAUUUAUAUAAAAGUUGUGUGCAAGGAAUUUAAAGAGUAAUCUCGUAAGACGAGAGCCUCGUGAUAAACCGGAAGGUGCCCAAGGCGCACGCUCAGCAUUUCAAAUCUCUUUCUUCGCUUCAUGGUCUUCUCGGAAACAUUUAACGCUGCAUACACUCUCGCUCUCGUUAUCUCCCAUCUUCUCUCUCUUUCCCUCUGUCUUUUUCUCUUGGUAAUAAAACGAAUACGGCGUUUCACAUUGUACGCACUUGCGACACGUACCAGAUUACGUUCUCUUAAUAACGGAGUCGUUUCCAACUGGAUAUUUCGAAGCUCCGAGGACGAAAUUUCGGCAGAAAAUUUGGAGGAAAUCGCAGCGUCGACCGAAUCGCCAAAUCUGCAGAUUUCGUUCAACAAAAUUUUCUAUGACGACAAAUUUGAUGCGAGUUUAUUUGCUCGUCUGAAUCGAAUUCGAUUGAUUUUAAUAUAUGCUUUUUCGGAGUUUUUUGGAUUCCUCUUUCGAUCCUCGUUUUGGCACGGGCAAUGAAGGAACAGAGAAAAUUGGUUUUCGUCCUGUUCGACGAUUUUCGAAGAAUUGGUCUCGAAACGUUGGCCUUCCGAGGAUCGAACGUCAUGCAGAGACCACCGUCGAAUAAACGCACUAAAAGAGGCCAAUUUCGAAGGGAGGCUCCACAAAAGAGCUCAUUUGAUAUUCUAAUCGUGAAAGAGCGUUAGUCACGUCUCACUCCGCAAGUGGAGAACUCGUUGAAGCGAGGAAAACUUUUGGACGGCGUUAAUCAGUGUUUCGUGAAGUAACCUCGAGGAGCAAACUAAUUCCUCGGCCUUUCGGGACCUCCUGCGAACCUAAAACCCUUUUUACGACUCAGUGCCCGAAAUUUCGGGAGCAUUCGCAGCGUUCGAGCAAUCAAGUGAGCAGAGUGUCCUUUGCGAAAGAAAAAUAGAGGAUCGAAGCCACCUCGAUCGAAAAAUAUGCGGAGAAAAUUAAAACAAAAGACUGAACGAAACGGAGCUGAGUCGAGUUCGAAGUGUUGAAAGUUUAAAUCAGCAGCCCAAAGCCGCGCGGGUCGAUAGAAAAAACGUGAACAAAACGUUCGAUGAGCUCGGUUCCCCUCGACGAAGUACAAAGAGCUCGUAUCCGUGAGAAAUGCGAAUAUUGGUACGCAAGCGCGCGCGAGCCCUUCGGAGCAUCCCCUCCCCAUAAAAAGGGAGCCCGUUCGGGAGAGUUGGUCGUCGUUGCGCCGGUCAGAUCAAUAAUUUCCCGGUGGUGGUUGCGCCGCGCGCUCGGGGGUGACUGGACUCCGUCAGGACCCUCGACAAGGAAAAUAAAAGAGGGCUCCGCGGCUCGUAAGGAUCGUGCGCGUCUUCACCUCGCUCCGGGCCUUCGGGACAGUAAUUUGCAACAAAAAGUAAACCUCCCAGAUCAAUUCGUUCGGUUCGGACUAAAAAAUGGCCUUUCAGUGGUGACCAAGAGACUAACGAAGUGCGGAAAGUGGGUGAAUCGCGAGGGCAUCGUUUCGCCGGUGCGCCGGGACGAAGCCAGACGACGAGCCCCGUGCCGCGUGCCUCUGAGCGAGGGGAGCCUUGACAGAAGGCCUUCAACCGGGUCAGAGGAAACGCAGGCGUCGAGCACCGACGCGACCUUAGGAUCGGGGCUGAUGGGAGGGGGUUGAAGAGAUCGAUACCGGCGCCACCGAUUACGAGAUAGACGACGAAACGAACGAGGAAAAGGAUUACGACGCAUGCCUCCUUCGCCGACCGGAAACCCCGUCGAGAGGCACCAAGAGAAACAACAAUUCCGACUCUUCGAUGGAGCAGCCGGAAGAAACGACCCGAAAGUUGUUAGAACGCGAGCUACGACUUUUGGAUCCUCGUGAUUUGAGAUCGCACGCUUGGUAUCAUGGGAGCACGCUGCGAGGUGGACGCAAAGGUGCCGAGGCCGAAGUGCCGAACGAGGGAGAUUUUCUCGUUCGAGACUGUGCCUCACAGCCCGGUAAUUACGUGCUCACCGUACGAUGGAAGGGUCAAGCCUUGCACUUCGUCAUCAAUAGGGUUAUAAUACAACCGGACACAGUGUACGAGAGAGCUCAGUAUCAAUUCGAGGACGAGGCAUUCGAUACAGUCGCGGAUCUCAUAACGUUUUACGUCGGAAGUGGUAGACCGAUAAGUCAAGCGAGCGGCGCAAGGAUAAUAAGUCCAAAGACGCGUUCGGUGCCUCUGACUUCAGUAGCGCCGUCUUCGUCGUCGAGUGGUUUGCACUGUUCGAGUCCAUCGUCGACGUCGCUGUCGGCAGGCUCGCCGCCGCGUUUGCCGCGUAAACAACAGCGCAGUCACUCGUUGACGCCGCAACAACACCACAGUAUUGAAACGGAUUUCCACGGGCCCGGACAAUAUUUCACGAAUCAACAGCACCAAAACAACUCGUCGAACACCCAACAAGUCCACCACCACCACCAUCAUCAUCAUUCUAUACAAUCGAGCACUCUACCGAGAGUUCCACCGAUUCAGAAUCAACCACCGUCUUGUUCUCUGUCACUCGGACGACAAAAAAUAACGAGGGUAAUUUCCGAUCCCUCGCUUCAACAACAAUUGCAACAUCAAAAUCAACACCAAUCCCCGACCCAGCACAGCUCGAAUCAUCUCCAAGGACCACCGGCUGCUCCUCCGAAACCUCCUCGCGUACCAUACAUCCCCAAUCAUCAGCAGCAUCAUCAUCAUCACCAUCACCAUCAUCAUCAUGCUCAUCAUCAGGCGUACCAAGCCUCGGGGAGCGACAGUGGAAAUGGAUCAGGCGACAGCGAAUUUGAAGCAAACAGUUCCGGAGGGAACACAUCGGUGCCGAUCAAAGGAGUAGUGAUUCGAAGUCACUAUGGACAGUCGGUUGAAGGUGCAAAUGGAAAUGGAAGUGAUUAUGAGCUUUCGACGGAAGAGCAAAUGGUGGUUGCAGCGCCGUCGUUGGAGAUUUCAACAUUGCUAGACAUGGAAGGAUUCUCAACGCUGUUGUUGCCAACCGGUGAGCAUCGUCCGCUGGACGCAACUGCGUUGCGCGGUGUUUCUGGAAUGCUGCACGAUUCAGCGCCGCGAGUUUUGGCCUCGCAUUUGACUCGCCUUGACCUGGAGGUAGCACUUGCCCCCGGAUCUGGUAAUCGCUCCGGGCUGAGUGGCCUCGAAUUAGCAACUUUGCCACACGGUCGGCAGGCUCGACUCGAUCUCAUCGAACGCUCCGAAUGCCUCAAACUUCUAGUUGCUGUGACCGUUCUCGCGGGCGCGACGGCCAUCGAGCGAGCUGCGACUAUCAGCAAAUGGAUCAAAGUCGCCAUCGACACGAAAACUGCACUCGGUAAUCUGUACGGUUUUUGUGGCGUUAUGCUCGGGCUUUGUGUACCUCAAAUACAACGAUUGGCCAACACGUGGCACCUCCUCAGACAAAAACACACAGACGAAGCUUUCAGCUUCGAAGCCAAAUUACGACCUACACUCAGAGCGAUGAACGAGUGCACAAAUCCUCAGGCCCCUAACACUACGCUUCCCCAUCUUCUGCCUAUCGCCCUGCUGGGGGAACGCGGCCCUGAAGAUAUUUUAGGAACCGCAGCACCUUCCGGUCUAGCUGGAGCGAUACUGUCGCCCUGGGAAAAUUCCGCGCCGGACUGUGGUCUCUCAAUAGUAUGGUCGCAUCUCGAAGCGGCGAGAAAACUUGCGGAGAGUUUGCCGCUCUUUCGUAGAAACGCAGAAAUCGUAUUGGAAGGUUGUCGAAGCGACGAGCUCUUAGCGGACGCGUUUAGAACUGAAUUCCAUAUUAAAUUUUUAUGGGGCAGCCGCGGAGCUGCUGUUGCCCCGGAGGAACGACAUCUCAAAUUUACUCAAGUACUCGACGCGAUGUACGAAAAGUGUGCGGCCAACGAAGUCGCGGCCUAAACGAAGAGCAAUUAUUAUUUACCGCUCGUAUAUCAACGAUCAAUGAAAGACUGUAAUCAAAUUAACCCAAAAUCGUGCUGUAGAUUAAUCAAAUUGUGGGGGCUCAAUUAUCAGUUCGAAAUAUCUUGUCAUUAAGAGGAUGGAUCAGUCGGUAUAUCGUAACCAUGAGUGCGAGAGAGAUAGUUGCAAAUUUCGAAAUCGAAAUUCUUUGACACAGUUUGACCGAUUAAAAUAAGGCUCUGUUAGUCGAUUUUUG